AGGCUAGCUAAGGAACCAAGGAUGAAGCUCCUUUUUGUAGCUGCCUUUGCACUCUUUGUGCUCUCUACCUUUGAUAAGGCUGAUUCCUCAGCAUAUGACAAAAUCGUCGCCCACAGUCGCAUCAGGGCAAGGAAAGAAGGACCCAAUGUCUGCGCGCUCCAGCAAGUCAUGGGAACCAAGAAGAAGUACUUCAGCACUUGUCGUAAUUGGUACCAAGGGGCCAUCUGUGGAAAGAAAGCGACUGUGCUUUACGAGUGCUGCCCAGGAUACAUGAAACUGGAAGGCAUGCGUGGUUGCCCUGCAGUGGCCCCAAUUGACCAUGUGUAUGGCACCUUGGGUCUGGUGAAGGCCACUUCAACCCAAAAAUACUCUGACAUUUCUAAGCUGAGGCCUGAGAUUGAGGGAUCUGGAUCAUACACCUUCUUUGCCCCAAGCAACGACGCCUGGGAGCUUUUGGAUGAAUCAGUGAGGAGUGCACUGGUCAGCAAUGUCAACAUUGAAUUGUACAACGCUCUGCAUUAUCACAUGGCCAACAAACGCCUUUUGACCAAAGAUUUAAGGAAUGGAUUGACAGUCAACUCCAUGUACAAUGACCUUGGUCUCCAUAUUAAUCAUUACUCCAAUGGGGUGGUGACUGUGAACUGUGCCAGGAUUAUCCAUGGUAACCAGGUUGCCACCAAUGGUAUUGUGCAUGUUAUUGACCGUGUCAUCAGCAGUGUUGGAAACACCAUCCAGGAUGUCAUCGAGGUUGACGAUGACCUGACAACUCUGUAUGACGUGGCACAGAACUCUGGACUCUUGGAAAAGCUGGGUGAGCCAGGACAGUACACUUUGUUUGCCCCCACCAACGAAGCCUUUGAAAGCCUGGGCAGUGAUGUGCUGGAGAGGCUUCAGGGCGACAAGGAGGUCCUCAAAGCUCUUCUGAAUUACCACCGCCUGAACUCAAUGCAGUGUUCUGAGGCCAUCAUGUCUGGCAGCUCUUAUGAGACCCUGGAGGGUAGCAACAUUGAGAUUGGCUGUGAUGGUGAAAGUUUAACAGUCAAUGGCAUUAAGAUGGUGCUCAAGAAGGACAUUGUCACCACCAAUGGAGUCAUCCAUCUUAUUGACAAAGUGCUCAUGCCAGACUCAGCAAAGCAGGUGAUGGAACUGCUGGGAACUUCCCAGUCAACCUUCGCUGACUUGGUGUCUGAGCUGGGCCUUUCUACUUCCAUGAAUCCAGACGAUGAGUACACUUUGCUGGCUCCCGUCAAUAAUGUCUUCAAUGAUGACGUGAUGGCCAUGGAUCAAGAUACACUCAGGAUUAUCCUGGAGAAUCACAUUGUGAAGAGUAACGUUGUCCUAGGGCAGUUGUACAAUGGUCAGCUGCUGGAGACCAUUGGAGGAAAGCGUCUGAGGGUCUUCAUCUAUCGCACAGCUGUGUGCAUUGAGAAUUCAUGUCUGAUAAGGGGCAGUAAAGAAGGAAGCAAUGGGGCCCUUCAUCUCAUGAGGACUCUGCUGAAACCGGCAGAACAAUCUAUGUUUGAAAUUCUGACCGAACAUGGAGGGUUCAAGAUCUUUUUGUCUUUGAUGGAGGCUGCUGGCUUGACAGACCUGCUGAAACAAGAGGGAGAAUUUACCCUGUUUGCCCCAAGCGAUAAGUCUUUUGCUGCAUGGAGCGAGAGAGAUUUGGAGUUUUUGAAGAGUGACAUAGAUGCUCUCAGAACCAUCCUUCUGUAUCACAUCAAUAAUGGUAUCUUUAUUGGUGGUGGUUUGGAGUCUGGGGUUACAAAUCUUCUCAAGUCUCUCCAGGGCAGCAACCUCAAAGUGUUGUUUGCAAACAACACUGUGCAAGUGAAUUCUGUCCAUGUCCCUGAAUCUGAUAUAAUGGCCACAAAUGGAGUCAUUCACUAUGUCAACCAAGUCUUGUAUCCUGGAGAUAUUCCUGUUGGAAACAUGGAACUGCUCACGCUUUUGAAGAGGCUCAUCACUUACAUGCAAAUCAAGUACAUUUCAGGAUUCAGAUAUCAGGAAAUUCCCCUUACAUUUUUGAGGCCUACCAUCACCAAGGUUACUAGAAUCAUUGAGGGUGAGCCUUCCUACACCAAGGUCACCAGGGUCAUUGAGGCUGAGCCCGCCUUCACCAAGGUUACCAGAGUCAUUGAGGCUGAGCCUUCCAUCACCAAGGUGACCAGAGUCAUUGAGGGUGAACCCACCAUCACUAAAGUCACCAGGGUCGUCUCAGGCCCCACGUACUCCGUCAGCACUGGCACCAACAACAUAGCCCUGGAAGGAGCUGAUCUCUCAAGUAUUGCCACCAUUGAGGGGAACCCUAAUUUUGAUGCUGAUAGUCUUACCAGAAUGAUCCAAGCUGGCAACAGGAGAAGGGGAAGGGACUGAGCAUGGACAGAAGAGAACAUCAACGUAAAGGCAGAGGAAAACCAAACCCAGAGGUUGAAAC